AGUUAUUGUUGUUUCGUGGAUGGCUCUAGCUUUCUCGAGUAUUUCCUUCAAACCCUAACUCGUCUCUUUAUCAGGUAUAGCUCGCCAGACAAGUUUGAUCCAUUUAAGGUGUAUCGCAGUUUAAAAGUCAUGGCCAGCGACGGCUUUGAUCGAAGAGGAGAGUGGUAAGUUACCAUCUAAAUACUCAUAAUACAAGUCAGUACAGUAUGUUGCCUCGGGUUCCCGAACGGUACCAGGCCACUAUCAGGACACUUAAAACAAAAACUCAGUUUUUCAGGCGCCCUUUCAUUUCUCGGUAAACGAAGCAUUUUUAAUGAAAGCUGAACAUUUCAGCUUUAAGAUGAAAGUUUUGGCGAGUUUAAAGCUUGCGAAACAGUCGCAGAAGACGCCGUUCUGAUGAGGUGAGUAAACUUUUCAUGGCUAUAAUAUUACGCUGUUUGCUGCGCCGUAAAAUUAGUGCUGCUCAAAAAAGGGUAGGUAAUAUGUGAUAUUUUCAAAGAAACUGUUUGAUAUUUAACGUGAAGAUACUUAAAGAAGUCAGGUUCGCAGAAAUUUUAUUAAUCCUUCUUGAAAUUUGAUUUGUUUGGAAUUAAACGGAGGCCAGAAACAUUCACUAAGUAUUGAUGUCAGCGGGUGCCCAGUAUCCGGACAAUUUUUUCUUUGCUGUACAGAAUCGAUGAAUUAGCUGUGUACAUUAUCCGGAUAAGAUUUAUUUCAUAUCUAUAACUACAAUUAAAGCUUAGGAUAUAAGAUAUAGUCGUAAAAUGAAAUUCUACUCAACUCCGUAUGGAAAUUUUCUUCACUCUCAGACUGACUUGAUUUCGUGUGCACGGCUUGGAUCGCAAUUCGCGUGACUGCAUUUCCUAUUAUAACCGGAAGCGUCGGAGCUGGAAUUCUCAUACAGUACUUUUCCCAGUUGUGACUGCUAGAAUGGGGUUGCAACGGUCUGAAAAAUGUCACAAACUUGAGGGAUUGAGAGAUGUGAAAGAAGGAGGAACUUGUAUAGAGCUAGAAAAGCAGGCUUAUUGUGGGGAUUGAGAAUGAAGAAAUCAACACUGCAGGUCAGACUAAAUUCUCGGUUUUCACUCACGUGAGAAAGCAGAAAUAAAAAUGGAAACCUUUUAAUACAGAAAGUCUAGAAUCUGGGAAAUGAAAGAAGAUAAAUAUACAAAAAGCCUUGCCAAGAAUCAGGCCUAUGCAAUAGUUCAUAUGCGAGAUAUUCGGAAAAACGUUUCACCCAAAUUUAUGACGCUUUGAAUGGAGACGCCAUGUUUGUGUCCCAUAUGGCCGCCGGAACCCAACAGAAAUAUCUGUUUUUGAGUUUUCCUACGUAUACGUGAAUUCUUAGCUUGAGGAACUCAUAAAGAUUAAAGUAAUAUUUAUUCUAAGACAAGGAAUGUUUAGAUAGCAAAAUCUCCAAAAAUCCGUAAUGUUUUUAACCCACAUAAAAGCUUUCCCGGCCGCUAGCUAAAUGCCGGUCGUCACGCAAAAGCCUGGAAAUUCAAGCGUCCUGUAUCGCAAAACAAAGAACCCUUUUGAACCGAAAAUUUGUAUGUAUAAAGGUUUUAAGGUGUUCUAGUAUCACGUGAUAGUAGAAACUCAGAAGAAGCCAAUAGUUUCUUAUGUCGGAUUGAGGUCCCUUACCCAAGGUUUUUUUAAGAAUAAGAAGGAAAAAAGUCAUUAAAUUUGCAGCUUGCAAACCGCGUCUUCGGCAUGUCCACAGAUGCCUUAAUUAAUUCCUUAAAUCAAUGAAAAAGUUCCUAGACAAGGAAGUAAACAGCCGCUCGCGUUCCUCACCAUACCCCAGUCAUUUGUUAAGUUUCAUUUCACGAUGCCAGAUUCUAUUUUCGGAAUAGAUUGCCAGACUACUUUGCAAGUGCAAGAGCAGCGUAUAAGUCGCCCGCCCGUCAAAAUUUAUGUACAAUUACGUUGUUCUUGUUGUGGCCGGGUACACUGGGCCAGCUGUCCGGAUACUGAGCAACAUAGGAGCUCUGCAAAAAUAUUAAUUUUGCGAUGGAAACAAAGGCAAAAAAGUUAAACUGGCUUUUGUCAUAUUAAGGACUAAAUAGAUUUUGUCUGGGCCAAAUUUCAGAGCUCUUACGACUUAAACAAAGGAAAGUUAUUGCACUGGUAAACUGAAGUGUCUGAAUACUUGGCAACAUACUGUAUCACGAGUUUAGAAAGGCACAUUCUUAAAAUCAACCCCCCUUCUUUUAAGGGGGGGGGGUAGAGUUUUGAUUCACCACACUUUUCUGAAAGAGCACCACUCCCUGGGAUUUAAUAAAUGAUCACAGAUUGUGACAUGUUAGUGUAAAAAUUUUAAAGGGGAAAUUGAGAAUUCUAGCCUCUGUAAAAGAUCUGAUUUAAAAUGAGCAAAAUUUAUGUAUUUUUCUUGCUUACAAGCAAAACAAUUGUUACAUUGUGCUGGUCAUGAGUGAGGUUAUUCAGAGUUAUUUGAAUAACCUAAAUAUGCGUGAUAAGUAGGCAUGUUGAUGUACGUCAAACAAGCUGUUUUCACCACCAACUCUUGGUUAUGAACAUUAGGCUGUAUAUUUUGCACUUUGGUGCAAUAAUUAAGAAUUAAUGAAUGAGGCUGGGUAUCCUAUGAAGAAUUAUGGAGAUCGAGGAGGGUGUACUGUUAUGAUACGAAAGCCGAAUUCAAUAAUUGUUUUAUUAUUCAUUCGAAAUAAUUCCUAGUUUAAAAACAAAGCUAAAACACGCUUACCUCCGUCGAUGUUAAGUUCGACAUCUUCGAGGUGCACGUUUAGGGUUGUUCAGCUCCGCAAAUAUUCUCCAAAUAGCAGAUGUUGCCCUUCGAGUUGUGUUCUUGCUGUUCUUACCAUGUUUUUAGCUACAAUAUUAUUUCGUCUUUACGUUCUUACUCUUGAAACGAGUGAAAUGUUCGUCAUUUUUUGUUUUCACAAUCAAAACAACUCAACCUCGUCCCCAGGUCUUCUCGGUUAACUGUGCAUUAACCUGCAAGAAUACUGCAUUUUUGACGUCAUUUCCUCGUUAAACACAAAAUUCUUCCUAAUUUGGUCUUCAGUAACGGGUCAUGGUGAAUUAUGCAUGUGCUUUUAGCCAAUCAGAAUGGGGGAAAUAUUUUGAAUGAAUAAUAAUGGGUAUUUUUAAAUGCUGGUGCCAUGUAUAGGUUAUAAACACAAGGAUUGUAGUUCAGGUAAAAUUUGUUUGUUUGAUGCACCAAUAAAUUUGAGAUACUAGAGUAUAUCUUUGUUAUUCAGGGAAAGCAUAUGAUUAUAUAUAUAUAGAUCUCAGUAAUCAUAAGUAUACAACACAUGGAGAGAGUGCUAGCCUUUCUCACUCUGCAAAUGGUGACAUUUUAGGCCAUGACUAUAGUUGUGUCAAUAUACUAAUCCCCCCACACGCAUGUAAAAUUAAGCUCACCACAGUUAGUAACUAUAAAAUCCUUUUGAUAAAUUUGUCCUAUGGAGUUUAACUUAUUUUGGGUAGAGUCGGUUACGAGGGGAAAAUAUACCCCAUUGAUGGUGCUUCUUCCGUUUUUUUCUAUUUAAUAUAUUUAUACAGCUAUUUCGAGAAAGGUUAGUUGUCGGAAAAAGUGCAUGGGACAAUCCGGAAAGGUAUGGGGUGGUUUUGAGUUCACUGUUCGUCAAAGAAAUUUGAAAGAAUGGCACAAGAGGCCAUAGACGUAUGUUUACGAGUGCUAAAGGGAAAGCAACAAAAGUAGGUUCUACAGCUACAGUUUCAGGAACAGUGAAUCGAUCAUAUCCCAUGUUACCUUUUGGGAUUGUAAUGCACGCACAUUUUUUCACAUAACCUUCCAUGAAAUAGCUGUAUGUGUUGGUUCAAUAUUACCUUUGGUUGAAAUUUUACUUUCCUUUGUUUUGGGGUAUGGGAAUGUAUGAUGAUUAUAAUGAGUUUGGAACAAAGAAACGUAAAAUUUAAACCAAGGAUAAAAUUAAACCACAACAUAUGUGAACAGGAUCUUAUAAUUAUCACUGUGUCUGGCGGUAGGUUUAUAGAGUAUGGGGGAUCUGGGUGCAUCAUUGUUCUUUCCAUGUAGCCUGUUUGAUGUUACUCCAGAGAUUUUUUAUUGUUUUUACCCUCAAAAUUAAUGUACACAUAAUUUAUGGACAAGACAAAAGGCAUAUUCUAAUGAGCAUUGUGACAUGACCUCUGAUGGGAGGGAGGACAAGCUCCAAUGUGAAUUGGGGGUGGGGGGAAAUGUGGGCUGGAAAAACUGGAAUCAGAUCUUUGAGUUAAAGAGACCAAUCUGGGCGUGAUAACAACAAAAGUUGUGGGUGAAAUUGUUAAUUUUUAUGCCAAUUAAGAAGCCUAACGAAGCUAGGGGCUAUCCAAAAUCUUUACACCGAAAUAGGAUAAUGCCCUUACACACAACGUUUUGAUAUGUGAUACCUGUGUGAUACUAAAAUCGGCGGUAAUUGAAACCCCUAUAAAACGAACGAGACAAGUAGCAUCCCUUCAGAGCACCCCCCGCCGUCACCCCGGUUACACAGAUAAGGCUAAAGUGGUCUAAUUUGCUGCGUGUGUAGCUAAGUACUUGUAUAAACAAAUUUUAUGGGAAACAUAGACGAUAGCUGGAAAGCGAUUUUUUGAUAAUAUUCCCAUAAAAUAUUUAAAAUUAGCAUCUUAAAUGCUGGUCAGUCACUUAACGUUUAUCGAUCAUCUUUUGAUGACUCAUAAGGUUAACUUUUGGUCAUCUUUCGUGACAACAGGAAAGACAGUGAGGAGGAAAUAAAGAAUGACUUUGUGGAGGUCCCAAGAGAUAUAAAAAAGUACGUGCUGGGAAGAAGUCGCUGCGGGAUAGACGAAAUUGAGAAAAAAUCACGAGCAAGCAUUCGUUCACAGAGCAUAAAGGAAGAAGGGUUUUGGAUAAGUGGUAAUAAAAUACAACGUGAACGAGCUAAGAAGCUCAUUACAGAAAAAGUGGUAGGUUGUGUGAAAAAAUGUUUUGUUAGUCUAUUUUUGAAAAAAAAACAAACAAACAAACAAACAAAGAUCAUGCACGACGAUUAGGUGAUUCGGAGGACAUAAAACAAAACAAUAUUUAUCCAUUAAGUCAGAGGCACUCUUGCAAGUUUGGCCUUCGUACAAUAGUACGCUCACAGCCUAUAUAGUCUUGGACAAAAAUGUUGAGAAAAUCAGUGGACGUUACCAUGUCUGGUUUCAAGAUAAAGCUCUGGAAAGCACUGGCAACUACAAAUACUCCCCCUUCCCCCGAAAAAAACAAUGUUGAAGUCCGGCUGGAUCAUUUUUGAUCUUGAAUAAACACCUUUGACCAGGGUUGGGCGAGGGAAGAGGCCAUAGCGGUACCAAAUCCGCGGGAUAGGCGUUUCGUGAGUAAGAAAGUGCAAAAUUCUCAACACUUUUUGUCCAAGAUUGUAGCCUACGAGUAGCAGAAUGCUUCCCCUCGCGGUUUUUGGUUUUCCACAUACUUUCCAAACGGUUACAUUUUAGGGACAGAAACAGCGUUAAAGUUGAGACUUUCUCUUGAUCUUAACACGGUGAAAACGUUGACUAGAACUGAAACAUUUUCCUGAACAGGUUUACAAAAGUGCUAGCUAAGAUUAAAGGAUAAUAGGUCUGUCUAUUUGGUUGAUUUUAGAGGGCAGGUAUAUUCAUAACGAUAAACACAGAAAGCAUAGAAUAAUAAGGGACCGGUCAUUAUUUAUGUAGAUGGGAGGGGGAGAGGGAAACAUUUUUAGGAAAGAUCACAAUUCCUGUAGCCCCCCUGCGACCAUGUAAAUAGCAAGUGACCCCCUUCUUUUUUCAAUAUUUACGUGAUGACCCCCCCUAACCUCAUAUCUCCUCUUGAAUAUUCUUCAAAGAAAUUAUUAAAAUGCAUGUAACAAUACUCUGUUAAGACUUGGUAAAUAAACAUACUAAUCAUGAUGUUUAGUUAUUCUGGAUAACAAUGGAACCAACCUACUCUAUUACAAAAUCAGCGUGCCUUCAUGGUGAACACAUUAAUGUAAUAACCAUGCAAAAUAUAAUUCUUUUCAAAUGAUUUUCCUGCAGUUCUAAAAAGACUACUUUCUUGUUGUCUUAUAAUCGUUAUGUUUUUCUUGGGAUAUUGAAGUGACAAACGCUUUGUUAAAUAUUCAAGCAGACAGGUCUGGAUUCUUUAUUAGCUAAGAUUUGUAGUAACAAUGAAGUUUAGAGUGCAAACAGAAUUUCUGUCAAAAACAAAUAACUAAGUUGAACAAAACAGCUAUGCUUUAAAUUAACAAAAAGCAAUAGGAUUAGCAUGAAAUUGUGCAAUUUAGCAUUACUGUUUCCCAUAUAUUGUUUGUGCUCUACUAUUUAACUGCUUUACCCAUUUUUGCCAAUGGACCCCUCUUAAAAUAUACCUCGAGAUCAAACUGCUGACCCCCCUAAACUUCUUUACAAAAAAGUUUAGCCCCUCUCCUCCUCUUGCCAAUAUGAAAAAGCCUUGACCCCCCCGUUCUUUUUUUUUCCCCUUCCCUCCUCUACAUAAAUAAUGACCGGUUCCCUAAUACAAAGAAAUUUAAGAGCAGUAAGGAAACAAGUAAAAACCAGAAAAUAUUUGGCAUCAACAAUAUCGCUACCGCUGAGGCAAACGGUAAAUCCGGUACAGUUAUUGUGGGCGCCGUGUGUUUUUUUUCGCUGGGAGAGUGCAGCUACCCCUAUACAGCCCCCUAUUUUCCUAUUUGUAUGUCGGGGUCGACCGCCAUUGGGAAGGGGCACCCCAUAUUAAGCUAUAUUACCCCCACCCAUUCCUUUCACAAUCGUGAUGGGAAUUGUCCUCCACAAUGAGGAAUCAAGAUAUUCGUCGAUCGACCUCAACGAUCAAACAAACUGAACUGAUAGGGGUCUCUGAACAGUCUUAGCUUACACCGUACAGUUAUUGUGACACAUCUGUAUAAGUUCCUUAAAGUAAACCAUGCAUUUCACUCAGAAGUCAAUUUUACGGUGCACUGACAAAGCUUGUACAAGUUUGGUGGUAUUCUCACCUGGCACAUUUAAAAACUAGCUGUUGAUUUCUGCGUUGCGUUUAGUUAUACAAUCAUUUUUACAGAAAGAAAUACAGAUACGAAAAUCCAAAGAAGCUCCACCUGGCGAGCUAGUAGAAGUUCCAAAACCAUACAAAGGCUUGGUGUUCGGCAAAUGGGGAAAAAAUCUCAUCGAGAUUAGCAGGUGUACGGGAGCAGAAGUUAUUCGUAGAGAUGGGGAAGUAUACAUUAUUAGUGGAACAGAGAAACAAAGGGAACAGGCAAAGUUGCAAAUAAAAGUAAAAGUUGUAAGUAAAUCAAGAAUCCAUUCAUUAUAUCUGAAUUUGUGCGUUUAAUUUUUAAGAAUGACAUCUCUUUCCCCGUUAUAGAAAAGCCCUGGGGGGAACUCCCUUAUAUAAACCAUAUAGGUGUGUGCCGCCCAAAAGGGUAGGGUUUUUGCUCCGUUUUGGUCUGAAAACGAGUAUAGAUUAUAGAAGCCAGGUCUAAAAACGGAUAUGAAAAAUGACCUUUUUGAUCUUAAAUAGGGUCAGGAUUUGGAGAAUCGAGCGGUACACUCCCACCAAGAAUUCAUGGUCCACUUAUACCCCAAGCUUUUUGAAGACAAAAUACAUUAUGAGCUUACUCCCCGGAACCGAAGAUAACAGACAACUUUGUUUGAAGUGAUAUUCCACACGAUCGGUUUUGGCAAGUUUUAGCAAACAUGGGACACAGCAGUAAAUGUUGAAGUGCUAAAUCACCUUUUAAUAAAAAGGGGCGAUAGAAUUCUGCCUCAGCGUCACAUGCAGCCAGUCUCUCUGUGGCUGGAUCCCCAGCGAGAAACUUUUUCAUUUAUUCCUUCAUCCUUUCACCCAAAAUCCAUCUUUCUUUUUUAAUUGUUAGACAGGGGCGAGACUCAGAGGAUUGGAAAACGAGUAUAACAAAUUCCGUGUCUAUAUCGAUGGCUGGAAACUUCCAGAGAACAGUCAACUCAAACUAGAGAGAGUUGGUCAAGAUGAUCGUGCUUUUAUCCCGGAACCGGAUACCCAGUACCGGCUGAAACCAGCCGACGACAACAUGUACCAAGAACAGGUGUUCUUGUUUUUGGUUUUUUGCUUUUUUGGGGGGCUUAUAUGCUGUAGGAAGGGGCUUGCAGUAUACAAGAUAGAAUCAGAAAAUAUGUUUAAUCGCGCUUAACAGUAAAAUCCACUUUUAAAUACCAAUCAGGUUUUAUAGCAUAGUGCGCGCUGGCUUUCAUUAUCUAGUACUAACGAGUCGCUAUUAUUCCUUGAAAUCGACGAGCUGAAUAGUGGCGUAUAUUAGUUGACACAACAAGGGUAUCCUAAGAAUCAUGUAGACAGAUUUUGUAAAACUUGGCUAUACAGUUUAUAAAGUGGCGCUGACCACCCCAACCGAGAAUAAGACUGUGGGCUCGCAUUUUGCUAAUGCGACUCGCUCGUCUGAAGCCAAUAGAUGCAUUAUUCAUUGCGGAGCCUCCAAUGCUACACAAAGUGGAGAUCUAUCGCUGGUAGAAAGUUUGGUACGCCCGUACGCUCACCCGCACAGACACUAGGGGAGGGGGAGGGGAGGAGGAAACUCUUCAAGGGAGGGUAGGGAGUUCCAGACAUGCACUUUGCGUUUGUCUUGGCGAAACACAAACCGGGUUUAGAGGCAACCAAUGGAGUUUCUUCGGUGAAAAUCUCUUGAAGUUUCUUGUUUUUGACUUACGACAAAACUUUUCAAAAAUGAAUUUUAAGGCUUUGCGUUUAGCUUGGGUCACGGACCAGGACCAAUCUAGUCCCAGACAGGCCAAACUUUUGACAGGUGAAUUCAGGCGUAAAUACCGUAGAACCUCCAUUAAGCGACCCUCUAUCAAGCGGCAAGUAAUCAAGAAGAGAAUUGUAAAUUAAACCUCUAUUAAGCGACCAACUCUGUAAAGCGGCUAAGGCCAUGUUCUGGCUAUCCCGACGAGAAUUCUUCUAUUGUUGUCACCUCUAUUAGCCCGUUAACUAAAAUAUUCCAAGCCUGAGAUUCUUGCACUUUGUUAUUGACACGAUUAUAUGGUAAUAGGACUUUGUGUCGCACAAUAAACCCUUCCCGCAUUCCUGUGAACAAAGGCAUCAACUCGCGGCUUGGGUGGACCAACUACAGUCACUUAUAUGGAGUUGUCCACCUGAGCCUCCACUGCAUUUCUUUAUUUUUUCGCACUAGAGCAGAAUGCGUCAAUUCAGGGUUAUUCUGGGUUAUCAUGCUCGUAAUUUCAGAUCGUCCUCGUGCUUGAAAUUUCUCGCCCGAUUACUCCCUGAAUUAUACUUAACUCAGUCCUAGUACCAUUACUAGUGAUUGUCGAGACUCUCAACUGUUUUUAGCGUGGCCCUAAAAGGCUGACGAAAAUAAACAAAUAAAAUAAUAAAUACACAAUUAAAUAAAUGUAUAAAUAAAUGGGAAUGAUUGAAUGAAUUAAUGAAACUCUUUAUAAGGUUCGUUUCUGUUAAUUGUGUUAAGUUUGCUUAUCCAGGAAAAUUGCAUGUCAUCUGAAGAACCAACCUAUCUGUCAAAACUUGAGUGUGAUGCAUUAGAGUGUCUCGGUAAGAUAAAACAAGAAAGAGAGACAAAGGAAGACCUGAAAGCAGACAUGUGGUGUCAUUUUGGAAAGGCAUUUAUCCGAGGACCUGAACAAGGUAGUGUACAUGAUUUUUUUAACCCAUACUAAUAGUAUGCAUGUUUUGUGUAAUCUUCGAUGAAAGACUUCAGAUGAAGCUAUUUUGCUGAUUCUUUCGUUUGAAGCUAUUUCCCUUAAACGUGAAAAAAAUUUGGGAAUGUUCAGAUUGCGCCUCUGUGCCAAAACACUGCGGAGGCAACUAUAUUGCUUACUUACUGCCUGUGGCUUUUCUAUAAAUACCUUGAUAUCGGAUUUGUGUGCAGAUGAGGCUGAUCAAGGAAAGUGGAGUAUUGACGCGGCAUUAAACAAGUUCAAGUCAUCAGAAGAGAAAUACUGGAAAGUUGCAUUAAAAUCAGGAGUGGAAUUGAACGGGAAAAUCUUUGAAAAGCAUAUUUGCAACACAACUCCAGAAGACUAUGCAGAUUAUGAGGCAAGAUAUGAGGUGGCAUUUGUAACACCGUGUAGUCAUCAAGUAAUGAUGAAGGUGAGGUUCAUAUAUCAUACAGCAGAGAAUAUUUUUUGAUCAAUAUUUGCCACUUUGUAAGGAUGAGGUAUAUACCAACCAAUAAGUUAAGAUACUACCAGGUAAAAUUGUUGAACAAACAUUAACAUACUCUUUGUUAAAGAACAAAAGCGCUGAAAACUCCUUAUUCUCGUGUACUAUUUGGUGACAAAAAGUAGUCCUUUACUAGACAGGGGUGUACUUCUUAGAGUCGCGUGGAUUUAUUGCCACUUGAAACUCCAAUGGAAGUGUAAUUUACGGUGAAAGUCCACCAAACAGUUAGUUACCUUGUCUUGCUAAAAGGUCGCGUACUAGCCAACAUUAAACCUGUUAGUGAGUGUUUUUGGAUAAAGACUGUUGGGAAGGCAGUAGACUGAAUUUCAAGACGAGUUUCAUAUUUGGCUGAAUAAUUUGGUGUAUUAAUUACUUGUCUUAUUUGAAAAAUACAGACCUGAAGCUCAAGCUCCCCUGCGUUUUAAGUUAGACAUUAAAUAUCCAUCCCGCAAUGACUAAGUAUAUCUCAAGCUACCAAUUCUAGCAUUCUACGCUGUGUCAAAGUUUUCUUGGGCUCUGCGUUAAGCCGGAUUACCGUCUUGGUUUUCUACCAAGCUUUAUAUUUAAAUAUGUUGUUCUCGUCCAAAGGUGUGGGUCACAAAAAAGAAUGUCGGCAAAAAACUGGAAGACAUACCAGUUCCUCUGAGUGACGUAAAGAACAUUCUAAAGGAGUUAGAGUUCAAAGAUGAAGCUACACGGUUUCGAUGCAGAGGAUGGCUUAUUCUACCAUCUCGCAAAUACUUACAGGCAGAUAUUUUGUUCCCUGGUUGCCCAUUUGAUUGCAGGCUUAAUAUUCGUGGAAGGAUUGGUAUGAUUUGAUGUUUUUAUGAAGGAAGUGAAACUCUACUCCCCAUUUUUAGAUUUAUGAAACGAAUUUUACAACAGGUUGAUUUAAACUGUGAAAUGAUGUUGUACAUGCAUCACAUGAACAUGUUUUAAAAGAAAUGAAUUCAAAGUUGCUGCAUGUUAGGUUAAUUUUAACAAAUUGGACUUAAUUGCGGGUAUUCUUACUGCGAUUGUCUCAGAAAAUUCGACCUGACCGAACGAAGCCGAUUGGUCUCUUCACUUCAAAAACCCUUCUUAGACAAAACGCGGGAAACCGGCGUUGUCGGGUAUUCGCGUCACGUAAUCUUCUUGCACGAGUUUUGCCUUAAGUGCACUAUGCAAUUUGUAUAGGUAAUAGCAUGAUUUGUAGUGAUAUUUGGCAUAAAUACCACGAGUGAUAUUUCGAAAUUGUUAUGUAAUUUCACGAGCCGUUAGGCGAGUGAAAUUUGAGACAAUUUUGAAAUAUCACGAGUGGUAUUUAUGCCAAAUAUCACGUACAAAUCAUGCUAUUAUUUGUUUAUACUACUACCCGCAAAAGGUUUGUAAUUUUCACAUGUAGGUAUUUCAAAUUAAGCUGAAAUACCACUGCUCUAAACCAAUCAGAUUGCAGAAAUUGAUCAUGUAGUAGUAUAAGACCAGGAUCACACUUGUUUGGCUUCUUCGCCUUCAAAUGGAUUAUUUAAAUACAUGUUAAGAUGCACGUGUAUUUUCUCUCCUCAGAUUUCGCCCUCGCGACAGACUAUGUACCUAAGGAAGAGGUUAUCCAAACUUUGGCGAAAUACUUAUCUGAGCUGACUUUGACAGAAGAAAGAGGCGUUAAAUUUUGCCGACUCCCCGAGAAGAAAUUACCCCAGGGAUUUCAUGUCACUUAUAAAAGGUGUUCCAAAAGAUCUGUGUAUGAAAUCUGGCCAGGCUUCACAACCAUUCUUUCCAAGGAAAGCUCUUGGCGUACUGAUGGGCUUGACGAGGAUUCCAGAGAAUCGGUACUUCUUGACCAUAGUAUUUAUUUUUACAAAAGUUUUUUUAAGCUUCUACAACAGCUUAAAAGCUGUUGUAAUCAGUUACCAUGAUUCCUUUUUACCAUUUUUGUAGCGGAUUCGUAAGGGAAACACGCAAUUGCUUAUAAAGAAAUGCUUAAGAAUAUUGCAGAGAUACUGAGGAAUACCGAAUUACAUGACACUUAUCACCUCUAUCGCAAAGGAAAAUUCAUUAAGACUCAGUCGUUAUUUUAAGGAGUCUAUAUCUUGUCAGUUUGAAUACUGUGCAUUUUUCCUUUUUUUGUUUUACGUGACAGACUGACCUUCAUCUUCACUGCAAAGAGUGGGACACGUUGCUCAAUAGCAAAGAUUGGGAACCGGAGAAAGUAACUGCGACACUACCAAAGUUCUUUCAGUUUGUAAAGAAAGUACAAGAAAUUGUCGUGCAGGGAGAACGUAUGUAUAUCGGCUGUGGCUCAAAUUGUUCUUUGGUAUUAUGGAAUUCCUCAGACCUGUCUAAUUUUUAUUUUCCUUCGACACAGAACCAUCAACUGAGGCCGAACGAAAGUAAGAAGUUACUGGUUUAAAAAGGCAAAAAAAAUACGGCCAACCUAAUUUUGAAGAUAGCUGUCCCGCUCAUUCAAAGUUACCGCACCAGCAGUUUUUAAUUCCGGACAAACUUUACAAAAUACACUCAAUUUUUUUCGUGUUAAAUGCUGGCCGUGUAGAACCUCGAUUUAACGGAGAGUCAAGAGAUUGGGGAAAUUUGUUCGUUAUAUCGAGGGCUCGUUAUAUCAAGGUAUAGCAAUUAAUUAAUUUACAAAACCCAGCAGCAUUUCCGGAUCUGAAAAAUUACUGAAAUAACGUUUCAGUACCGAGCUAUACAUAGCUACGGCACCAGAAACUCAAUAACAGGUAAACAAAAAUGCUUAAAAGUACUGUACUCAUAAAUUUUACCCUUGUUGGUCUGUUUGGCUUUCAUCUUUUAUUACAUGCUGACAUUUAUUCGUUAUAUCGAGGUAAAAUUUACGUUUGCGCGAGGUUCUGUUCCAUACAUUUUACUGUAAUUUUAGCCGGGCUGAAGAAAAUCUUUCGUUAUACCGAGGACUUCGUUAUAUAAAGGUUUGGUAAAUCGAGGUUCCACUGUACCAUAAAGCAUUGUUCCACCUAAUAAUUAUCGGCCUAUAAUAUUUACUCUGCCUAAUAAUAUUCUAUCUUGUAGUUCCUCCUGAGAUACUUGCGCGAGGUCCUGUGGCCGUGGAAGCAUACAAAAAAGCCCUUGCCGAUGGAAAAACGAUCACGAGGAGGGUUCCUAUAAUGCUGAUUGGUCAAGACCGAGCAGGAAAGACCAGCCUAAAAAAGUCAUUGAAAGGAAUUUGUUUCGACCCACAUGAAGACAGCACUAUUGGUAUAGAUGUAGAUCCUUCUCAUUUCAAAGUGUCUACAGAGACGUGGAAGACAGGAGUGACGGAUCAAGACCAGAGUACUAAAACAGCCAUUACCUUUGAAUAUCAAGCAGCAAGACACAUCACGUGGAGUUUGAAGAAAGAGGUAAAAAGCACUGGUGAAGAGAAAACUGCAGGAACCUUAGAUUCAGAGAUUUCUAAAGUGUUAGAAGACUCAAGCCCCAUUGAGGCAGCACACGAUGCGGAUUAUGACAAGGCACUUGAAGUUUCAGCCCCUUUACGUGGGAGACAUAUAACUCGUGUUUCACAGUAUCAGACAAAUCAAGAAGACGUUAACUUUUCGAAUCCAGAUCUUCCUGACGAAGUAGUUUCUGUCACGGAAACACUACUUCAACGUGACUUGGAGGAAAGUGGGGAGGACAUUUAUUCUACCUUGUGGGAUUUUGCAGGACAGUCCGUUUAUUAUGCGACGCACCCACUGUUUCUUACGAGGAAGGCAAUCUACUGCUUGGUUUAUGAUCUAAGUCUGAAGCCUGACGACGUACCAAAACCCGUGGUGAAACAAGGAUUGUACGAAGAAAUUCAAGACAGCUUUAAUCUGAAAACCAAUUUAGAUUAUCUUCAUUUUUGGAUGACAUCUGUGGCUUCAUUGGUCGAUUGUCAAGAGGCAGAUGUCACCUCAGAAGUUUUGCCUAAAAAGCUUCCUCCAGUUUUCUUGGUGUGCACUCAUGCGGAUGAGUGCUUUAAUCCCAGAAAACUAGCCCAUAAGAUCUUUGGUUGUUUGAAAAGUAAGCCGUAUGGGGAACACUUGUGUGAUGUAUUCUUCGUAGAUAACACAAGCCUCAGUGUCCAAAAGUCUGAUUGCCCAGAGGUUGUGCGUUUGCGGCAGAAAGUACUUGCUGUCGCCAAAGAGCUACCUGACAUUAACAAGGCAGUUCCUAUUAAGUGGUUAAAAUUUGAGAAGGUACUGCAGGCCAUGAAAGAAAAUUUAAAGGGAAACAAAUGCAUUUCCCUGGAAUCAGCAAAACGUAUGGCUACAAAAGUCUGCAACAUUACCGACAACAACGAAUUUGAUACCUUGAUGAACUACUUGCAUGACCUAAGAAGCCUUGUUCAUUUUGAUGACAGUGUGCAGUUGAAAAAACUGGUAGUCUUGGACCCUCAGUGGCUAGUUGACGUGUUUAAAAAGGUGAUAACGGUCAGGCCGUAUGAUUCUAAGGAGGAAAACUUUGAAAAGCUAUGGAAGAAGCUUGAAACAGAGGGUUUACUCGAUGAAAAGCUCUUGACGCAUGUAUGGGAUCCUUUGAUUGAGAGCAAAGAAACCUCAGAUAUUCUUAUUGAAAUUAUGGAGAGAUUUAGCUUACUCUGUCCUUGGUUAUCCCAUUCUUCAGGCAGCAAGGAAUAUCUUGUCCCUUCGAUGUUGAUGUCCCAUCCAUCGAAGGAGAUUCUUGAUCUAAUUGAGACUGCAAAGAUUCCUUCAUUAUUUGUAAAAUUUACAAGCAAUCAAGUUCCUGCAGGCUUUUUUCCCCGGCUGAUCGUACAGUUCCUCCAGUGGGGCGAAGAGAAAAUUUGGGCUCGAGCAACACCUCACCUGUUUCACGAUUUUGCCAGGUUUUACACCUCUAGUGGUGUCUGUUCCGUGAACCUUCUAUGCCACUCUUCAUCCGUUGAGGUAGUUGUUCAUGGUGGGAAUUCUAGACUUGAGCGUAGAACCUCAGCAGACUUGCAACCUGACAUUGAGGAGGAAAUGUGUGCUCGUCAGGUGGGUAGGCAACUUAGGUUGAUACUGGAGUUUAUGCGCAAUGAAUUUCCCUGGUUGAAAAACGAGGCAUAUGAACUUUGUGUCCUCUGUCCCGUCUGCUCUAGCGAAAGGGCCGUUGAUUUCUGCCGCGCACACCGCGUAAAAAAUUGUAAACAAGAACAGUGCCUCCACUUCUGGAGCGUGCCCCAGUUGUGCAGUGACAUGAAACAUAUCUCGUGUACCAGAUCUGCUGUUGCUCAAAACCCCAAACUGCAGGUCAUGCAGUUUUCGCCUUGGUUUCCCUACUCAGGACACCAGGUAAUUACAUAAUUUAUAAUAACUAUUCAUACCCAGCUUUCAAUAAGUGUUAGCCUGUGCGCAUUAGACUUUCAGAAUAUUUACGAUUUCCCUUCCCCUAACCUUUUCUUGUGUUUUAUUUACUGAAAUCGCUUUCUUUGCCAGAUUCUGAUCUCUCUGAACUCAAGGAAGAAGUUAAUCAUUAUCCAAUGAAUUAUUUAAUUUAUCAAGUUAAUUGCUCAUUUGAUAGAAGUUCUUCUCUGCUUUGAUCGGCUGGGAAAUGUUAGAUCGGCUAUUUAAUGUAUCCAUAAAUAGCAUAUCUAAUACAGCUAAGACGCUGUAAAGCAUACAGGUCUUAUAAGAGAGGGGGGGGGGAAGCUCCGGUGAUUUCCUGCACUAACGCGUCAUCCCCACUAUCUGAGAGCCUACAACAGACUACAAAGAUUGUGAAGUCAGAAUACAAUUUUAUCAAAAAAAGUGGAAACGUCAUCUCUCAUUUCUAAGCAAACAAACUCAAAGGUUUCGUAGAAUAGGUAAAAUAGUUAUUAACUGUACGUCGAAAUAUUUUAAAGUGGUAAACAUUUUCUGCAAGAAGAUUACCUCAAAGUUUAAUUAGGACAUUUGCUGGCGUGAAGAAAAAAAAACUAUAAUUUUUCUAAAUCCCCGCCUACUGGUACACUUAAUCUUCUUUUGAACAAAGAAACGCUCUGAUGGUUUUGCCGCUAAACAAGACGGAAAUUUGUUUUUGAUGCUAGUGCCACGCUCGACCUUUAAGGCGUCAUUUUUGCUGAUAACAGCGAACAAUACGGGGAGGCUCCGCCCAGACUUCCAACCUCUUAUACCCUUUUAAGAUACCUUUUUUGAGUAAAACGGUACACCUUUUGUAUACCUUCUAUUGCAAAAUGGUACCCUUUUCUCCCUCGUAGUUUAGAACGCUGAAUUCCUUACCCUUUCAUUUUAUGUAAAGCCUACAAAAGGUAGUCCUUUCGGGCGGAGCGUCCCCAUAUAGGCCAUCAUAGGGAUUACUCCCAAGGAAAUUCAGUUGUUCUACACUACGUAGCACUGCGCUAACCAUGACAACCAUCUUAUGCAAACUUUGAAGGUGAGGGCUUAAGCCAUUUACUAACGUUUUAUCUGUUUAUUAAUCACAGCUUUCAAUUGAUGAAUGUGACGGGGACCCGUUUACGUCUGAUGGAGGUAAGCGUGAUGCGCAAACGACUAUUUUGGAAAACAUCUUUAUGGUACCCGAGGUCUCCAACAGGGUACUUCAAUACUGUAAUCCCGACUCAAAUUUUUGCCCAAUAGCGUAGUCCUGAUGGAUAUUUUCGGCAUCCUGCAUCCCGCGCAUACUUUCAAUCCCGAAACUCGCCCUCAUAUUGCUUUGAAAUCCCGAAUCCCAGCCUUCAGACAAGGCAAAUCCAGCAUCCCGAGAAAUCUCUUGGGGACCCUCAUACUCAUCAUUAUAUCUCCGUUUCGAUGGCUUAAAUUCUCUGACUACUUUUUCAAAACUAGCUGGCGUGGAAGAUGUACAAUUAGCGUCAAUUGAACUGACAUCGACAAGAAAAGGGACAGCAGAGGGCGCGAUAGCUCAUGAUCAGCUGUUUUGGAACAGCUGGAGGAAUUGGCGCGAGAUUUAACGAAACUACUUCCUAAAAACAUAACAAGAAUAGCAAACAACAUCACUCAACGGAUGACAACUGCUAUUUGAAGAAUGUCUGCCAGAUUAAACAUCCCUUUAUGUCCUAGCCUGCGUAUAUAGCUGGCGGGAUUAUUAUGCCCGGAGUACUUUCUUGGCGGCGGAGCCGCCGCUUAUUCCCCAUUUCGUAAACGGUCGUUGUCAUUUUUAAUGGUCGAUGCCACCAUUGGUAACCAAGCCUUAAUUAUGAUAGAUGUAAUAAUACGUUUUUGAAUAGUCUUAGAACGAACCACGUUGAAGCCCGAGUUGAAUUGACGUCAAAAGUUAUGGAAAGGGUUAUUGUCACUUGAUAUUGAUGUAUCAGUUAAGAAAGACAGUUUGCUAGUUUUAUGUGCUUAAAUUUUUCGGAAUUUGGCGGGUCGGUGUGGUAGUGUAGUGGUAAGGGAGAGAGAUAAGGAUACGAAAGGUCCGGGUUCGACCCUGAGUUUUUAGUAGGAAAACUCUCAAUAACAGGUCCAAGUGUUUUACAAAUGGCAGCGACCGUUUACCAAAGGGGCAACUGCGUAGCCGCCACACGAAGCAAUCGGUGAAACCGUGAGAGAUUUUCGGGAGCGGCAAAGCCGCGAGGGAAUUCCAAUUUUAUCGCUGAUCCGCGGCCAAAAAAAAAAACAAACAAACAAACAAACAUACAUACAUACAGCACUCGCCCGCUAAAAUCCCGUCAAUGUUAAUGUUACUUUGGUCAACCUUAAAAUCUGGAUGUCUCUCUAAGUUAUAUUUAAUGGUUUUGAGCUCUUCCCUAUCUGCCCUAUACCUCCAACUCGGGCACGCCAUUUCAAUUAUGUAGAUCUGUUUCAUCUUCUUGACCGUAACUACGAGGUCUGGGUGAUUUCCUUCACUCUCUGGGCGAGCUUCAGGCGCUAAAGAACAGUCCCACGUUAUUUAAACAUAUUUAUUGCCAUAGAAACUGCGAGGCUCCUGUCUCACUGAAAGUGGCUUUUAACUCUAGUGCUGGAAAUAACUUUUCUUACUUAAAAGGACAUGUGUCUUUUCAAACCUUCAUUUUGAAAGGACAUAUUCGAAUAUUGGUCGGACAUUAAUUAGCAUACCGUAGUUACUCAACUAAGUGCCGCGGCACUCAUAGCAUUUAUUUGAAAGUUGGACGUGCAAAGAAUUGUUUGACUAUGAUAUUUUUAUUUGCUGUAUUAAACUCUAUAACAGUGACACUUAUUCAAGGGCUGCGCUAAUCUGAGUAAAUACAGUCAUGCUUUCAACCUGGUUUGCCUCAAAUCUCUUGAUAGUAAAUGACAAGAAAACCCAAGCAAUGAUUCUGGGUAACCCCUUUCAAGAAACUAUUCUUCACAUUGGCGACUCUGUUAUUAUUAUUUUUAAAAGAAAUCAUCUUUCCUUCGAAAUUUUCAUGAUUCUAGAAACAAUUUGCAAAAAUCUCAAGCUUUGAAAAAGAAACGAAAUAGUCUAAAUAGACCAGAGGAACGCGAAUGACCGCUUCCCGCCAUUUGGCAACGUUAUUAAAUCUUGCUUGAAUGUGAUUUCUUUUGCAAAUGCUGGAAGUUGGCGUAAUUCAGGGAAAUGAAAUAUUGGUAUUUGUUACAUUAAAUUAUGUUGUACAUGCUCAUUUUUCUGGAGAAAAAGUGUCCAGGACAUUGGUAGUUUUGAAAAUGGCAAUUCAGUUCAGAAAAAACGAAAUGGAACAAAAACAGUGAUAUUUACUUCAUUGAAAAUAUUCCCAAAACCAGCAAAAAUUCUGCACGUCUUACGAUGUGAAUUUUCACCUCUGUAGUAUUCAACUAAAAGAAUAUCUUGUUGUUUAUGGUUAACCGCCGACGACUUGAAAGGUAGGCAGUUAUCGUUUGCACUAUUGUGAAGACAUUUUCUCUCAUCUGUCACAAUUCACGACUAAAUUUACUUUUGAAAAAUGCCUUUUGUUUUGGUUGUUGUUCAAAGUGGCAAGAAAUCGCGCGGAAAGUUUUCCCGUUCGUCUUUCAAAGCUUUCUUCAUCCUUCAGAUCGUUGAAAUAGGGAGCCAUUUUAGUUCCAAGCAUUGUGCUUCAGUUGUAUAAAUUAGAUUUCCAUAUAUGGAAAGUAGAGCCCAGUAAUUCCCUAACAAAGAGAGCUGCUUCGUUUCGCCAGAUAGAAAGACGAAUACGAUACGUGGAAGUUUUCGAGUUUCCUCAAAAAAGACGUAUUUCUCCAGUCUUUCACCGAAAUGCAAAGUUUACUUUUAUCAUAGCGUUUUACCUUUUUAUGUUUUUGAAAUCAACUCAGGGGUUUUAAAAAACAUUUUAAGACAAGAGCUAAGUCAAUAAAGUGCUCGGACAUAAUGUCCGAACAUAUUGCAACAUUAGUCGGACAUUUACAGCAUUUUGGUCGGACAAUGUCCGAUGUCCGACAGUAAUUUCCACCACUGAACUCAGUUGAUGGGCUAUGAGUGAGUCAUUUUUAACCUAUUUUAUUGCAUCAUGAUUGUGCCCGUAAAGGUACUGUCGUUUUGGUAGCUUCAUUUCUUUCUUUUUCUUUCUUUCUUUCUUUAUUGACUCUUCUCUGUUGUUUGUUCAUGACUGAAGAUCUUAGGAUAAAGAAUAGUUUCUUGGUAUUGCAGAUAGGUGCAAUCACCAAAUGACGUAAUACAAAAGAUUGAAAAGAUACUGAACAAUAGCCACACCGCAAAACAAAAGCGAACCAACAGGGUGUCAAACACCAAGAAUACCCGGAUAAAGGGAGGGGUAGAGCCUUUCUUUCUUUCUUUUCAAAUGAUAUCAUCAUUGAACAAAACCGAUUCAUAAAAAUGAAUCAGCAAAGCUGCCAGUCUAUUCUUGGUUUGCUACCACAUGACAAGGCAGCCAUGUUGGGGGUCAAUACAAAAGAAUUUUUUUUUCGAAGAAUUUACGUGAAAAUAGAGUUUAGUUCCCAGAGGAGGGAAAUGCUGUUGUUCUUGACCACCAACAUGGCCGGCGUGACGUCACGUGCAAACCAGCAAUUACAAUAUCCGCAGCAUCGUUCCUUUGUCUUUUUGUAAAACAACAGAUUAUCUCGUUGAACGACUGCGAAGCAACUCGCGAGUGAGGGCGCUGCAUGCACCUAUUAAAGGCGGGAAACUUGGCGCGAAACUUAGGCACCGCUUUUGAUUGGACGUAUCAUUUUUCUCAUGUGAAAAAAACAUCGUUUACGAUUUUGAUUGGUCGUACAGUAUCUUUUUUUCACGUGUGAAAAACAUCGCUCCCCUGUUUGGGUAACUCAUUUGUGUAGGAAAGUUUACGACAUAGCUUUCGGUGAGUAUAUCUCAGACGGUAUUUAUGUAAUAAAUACCAAUACGUUAGUAACCUUUCUAAAUAUUUAACUUGCUAGGAAAUGAAGAAAAAGUCCUAGCAGUUCGUAGCAGUGUAUUAGACAAUCUUUCGUCCGAAUCGUGCAAUUCCAAGGAAAUUGUUAGCAGACUGCAGGAAACACUUCAGUUGGACCAUGCUUCUUUGCAAGAUCCUGACCAUGAGACCAAGAAAUGGAUUCAGUGCUUGGCCAGAGAAGCCAGACAUUCAGGCAGACUUGAUGUGGUGGAACAUUUAAGGGAAAUGACACCUGCUGGGACUACUGGUGAAUAUAGUUUUUGUUUUUGAAUUUUUUUGUAGUUGUUCCAGCCCUAGGAGGUCUAGGGGCCUUAAACUUAAACCUUUUUUGACUCUUUUUGUGAUCUUAUUCCAAGAUCUCUUGUAUUCAGAGUGCGUUCUUGGAUUGGACUUCGGUUUAUCCGUAUAUCCUCGAGUUAAUCUGGGGCGUUUACAUAACUUUCUGAGUCUAGAGGAGGCGCUAAUUCGAGUUUGGGAGCUAUCCAGGAUUGGAGUAAGAGAGAAAUCUCUGUAAUUUUUGUGAAACUGUCCAUCCACCCUCCACCUUGUACCAUUGUUUGUGCUCGCUGGAGCGCAAUGCAACAAAGGUUUAAAUCCUAUAUAUUCAGUACUCUCUUGUGCUCAAUAACUCAAUUUUAUCCUGUUCAUUUUAAGAACGAAAAAAAAAAAAAUCAAGUAUGAUGACCACGACUGGAGUUAUUUAAGGUUGCUAAUAUAGUUGAAAAUUCGUACAUCCCCAGAGCUUUUCUCUUAAAGUUCAGGGAACGACGUUGAAACGUGGCGCGAAAUAAACAGCGGAGAGAGAGAAAAAAAGAAGGCAGACUAGAGGGAGAGGGAGAGAGGAGUUUUUUUCAUCCUAUCUUUCUUUUUUCCCCUGCCCACCCGGUUUUUCCUGCCCUGGAACAGGCUGCAUGCAGAGGCAACGUCAUCCCUAGGGCCUGGGAAGAGGUUGAUGUAGAGGCGGUUUCUUUCUUUUCUAUUGUUAUCAUAAUUAUUGAACAAAACAUUAAAAAAAAACAAAAACAGCAAAGCAGCUAUCUUUGCUUAGUUUCAUGUGAAUAAACAAAAUUCAUUGCCCUGCCUAAUCAUAAAGCCGUCGGAUAAACAAAACAGACUGAUCUGCAUAUUAUCAAAGGAGAAAUACAAGUAAUCAGCGAAAGACCCCGGGACUCCGUGUUUUCCACGGACCACGGAACCCCGAUCCUGGCACCCCGCACCACGGCCCUAUUACCUGGCUGCAACAGUAUCUAUGUAACUAUGUUGGAUUUUUUAGGUCCUUUGUUAUCUGAAUUCCUUGACGUGAGAAAGAUCCCUUUUUCCCAAGCAAGACGGCUUUCCAUCGACUUGACUGGUAUGAAAUUUAAGUGUAAAUCAUCCUAUUUCGCUUAUCAGUUUGUUAACCACAAACGUUUUCUUGACAGAAAAGGUUCCUCUAAUUCAGGAUUUUUUACCUUGGCUAUUUUGAUGGCUGGGCCAUAUAUGCCUAUUACAAGUCAGAAACUUUAGAAACCGAAAACGUUAAUAUUUCGUGAUCUUCUAAGCUAUUCGAUAUUUGAUAAGAUUUAGGAGUACAGUCAACUCUUUCUAAGACGGACACCUUUGGGACCGGCGCUAAGUGUCCGUCUUAGAGAGGUGUCCGUCUUAUAGAGAGUCAAAGAAAGGGAGUAAAGAAAGGCAAGGACCAACUCUAAGUGUCCGUUUUAGAGAGGUGUCCGUCUUAUAGAGGUGUCCGUUAAGAGAGAGUUGACUGUAUUAAGGAAAAAAAUUAUGUGAUUCAACCGCUAGGAGCGAAGCGUUCAAACUCAUUCUUCGAAGUGUGUUAUUUGGUUGUUGUUCGACAGCAGUUGCGUAAUGCCAUCUUCCAGUUCAAAAAUUGGCACUUUGUUACGAAUUCAGUGUUUUGGUUUCUUUUUUUAUUUUAAUCACAGGCGACGAUAAGUGGAAGUUUGUUGCUGAGAAGCUGGGUUUGAAUCAAGCAGAGAUUAGCUUCCUCGACCAACGUUACCCAAAUCCAGCUGAAGCUCUCAUAGGUUUUAUCGCAGAACAGCGUUUCAUGUCUGUAGGAGAUCUAUAUAAAGUCUUAUGCGACUGUGGGGUACCUGUAAUUGCCGACAAACAUCUUUGA